GGGCAACUCAGCAACUUUUCCUCUGGACAGGUUUUGAUUAAUCUUCCCCCCUGGUCAUAUGUACAGACAAUGUAGAUGAAAGAUUGAGGGGACUGUCGUGUAAAUACUAAGAGAAGAUUGCCUUGAUAUGUCUCAUGAAUUUUGAUGACUGGAUCUUUGGUCGGGCUCAGUGCCACGUCCGCUCCCACACAAUGCCUCCUCCCGUACACAGGUUACAUAUACAUAAUAUAGGCUCCAGUCUCCCUUCCUUGUGCGGUGUCACGGGUUUGAAAUGACUUGGGUGUCAUCGCUGACACAGGGAAGAUGGGACUAAGUAAAACAAUUAUGAUGGGAGGGAUUAGUGUGUGAUUGAGUAACAUGAUGUUCAGUUUAUAGACAUCCAGACAGUCACAGACACUGAGAUUCCUGACCUGGAUGGGACCUGAACUACUUUAGGAUGAAUACAAUAUCUCCUUCAACAUUAUACAAGGAGGAGGCAUUUAACUAUGAAUUAACCGUGAAGGUUAUAAAAGCUCAGAACAUCCAUGGCACAGAUGUUGUGACCAAACCGGACUGCUAUGUAUGCUUGUGGCUUCCAACAUCUUUGUCAGAUAGAAAGAGAACCAAGACUGUUUGGAACAGUCGUGAACCUGUUUGGAAUGAAAUAUUUCACUUCAGAAUCCACAGCCAGGUUAAGAACAUUCUGGAAUUGUCGAUGUUUGAUGAGGAUGUAGGAACGUCGGAUGACCAUCUGUUCACUGUGAGCUACGACGUCGGAAAUGUUCCACUUAAUGAAAACGUGGUGGAAAACUUCAGUCUCAAUAAAGAGUUUCAGGAGAAGCUUCAAGUGGAAUUUACUCUGGUUGUAAUCCCAGAAUCACAAAAGAAAGUCACAACUAAUGGAGUCCUGGUGUGUCCUGAGAUGGUGGCUCUCCAAGUAGAAGUGCCGAAACAAAAUAAAGCCUUCUUUAAAAACAAAACCGAGCUGGCUCUCUCUGUACAAGGCUCCUUUGAAGGUUCACACAAUAUUCCACUACAACCAGACUCUACUUCUCAACUGAAUUCACACGAAACCGCUGUUUUCCAUUUUUCACGAGACUUGGGAACAGAAUUGAACGCUUCCGUCUGCAGAGUUUACUCUCCUUUUGAUGUAACUUUUUCCAGUGAAACAGAAAAUGGUUCGAAUGAAACUGUCAUACCGCUCAAUUUAAUAUCUCCCAUGGAGAAUGAGAUUAAUGUCCAGAUACCAGUAAAGGAGGAAAAGCCUUUGGAUGCACAAAUCAGAUUGAAUGAAUGCCCGGAAAAGCUUGAUGUGAGGCUGGGGUUUGAUUUAUGUGAUAAAGAGAAAAUAUUCCUUCAAAAACGCCAGAGACUGGUAGGCAACACGUUAAAAAAAGUACUCCAGCUGGAAGAAGACUUGGUCGGUGAAGAGAUUCCAGUUGUGGCAGUGAUGGCGACCGGUGGUGGAGUCCGAGCGAUGACCUCUCUGUACAGUCACCUGUAUGGACUUCAGAACAUGGGUCUGUUAGAUUGUGUCACAUACAUAGCAAGUGCCUCUGGCUCCACAUGGACCACUACCAAACUGUAUGAGGAUCCUAACUGGUCACAAAACAACCUGUCUGAGGCCAUAAACAAUGCAAAGAAGCAUAUGACAAGAAGUAAGAUUAAUUGUUUUUCAGUGAGUAAACUGAAGUAUUAUCGCAAGGCGCUCCAGCAGGCUGCUCAGGACGGCCAGAAAACUUCAUUCACUGACCUUUGGGGACUAAUUCUUGAAUCAAUGUUGAACAAUAAGAAAAACGAGAGCAAGCUUUCUGACCAACAGGCAGCCUUGGAAAAUGGUCAAAACCCAUUACCUAUUUAUCUUGCUAUCAAUGUGAAACAGAACAAAAUCAGCACACUGGAUUUUAAAGAAUGGUGUGAAUUUACCCCUUAUGAAGUUGGGCUCCUUAAAUAUGGCGCCUUCAUCCGAACAGAGGAUUUUUGGAGUGAAUUCUUCAUGGGUCGUCUGAUGAAGAAACACCCAGAACCACGUAUUUGCUUUUUACAAGGUUUAUGGGGAAAUGUCUUCUCCUUGAAUUUAGUGGACACCUGGUAUUUAACAACCCAAGUGGACACUUUCUGGGAUACUUGGAUUAAAGACGGAAUUAAGGAUAUAGAUGAAGAAAAUAUUAGGGUGAGGAGAGAAUCUGCACGGACAAAAACCAGCCUGUUCACACCCGCCAGUACCUUAAGUGACUUCUGUAAGGGAGUACUGACCAACAGGCCCAUAGAUGGGGAGCAACAUAAUUUCUUGCGGGGACUUUACUUACACAAAGAUUAUGAUCAGCAGCCACAGUUCUCCAUAUGGAAAGAUUCCAGUUUGGACACUUUUCCGAACACUCUUACGCCGCUUGCUGACAAUCUAUGUCUUGUGGACGCUGGUUAUUUUAUUAAUGCCAGUUUUCCGCCUUUACUCCAUCAAGAAAGAAAGGUGGACGUCAUUAUAUCUUUUGAUUAUACUCUGGACACCCCCCUUCAGGCGGUGGAACAGACGUGUAAUUAUUGCACCACACAAGGUAUUGGAUUCCCUAAGGUAUCGCUGAGCGAGGAGGAGAGGAAGACACACAAGGAGUGCUAUGUUUUUAAUGAUGAAGAUAAUGAUUCUUGUCCCACCGUGCUUCACUUCCCCCUUGUGAAUGACACGUUUCAAAAAUUUAAGGAGCCAGGCGUUUUAAGAUCCCCAGAAGAAAUGUCAGAUGGUGAUGUAGAUGUCACAGGAGCCUUUUCCCCCUAUUUCCUGACAAACUUUACUUACAGUGAGAGCGACUUUGACAGGUUGUUGAAAUUAACACAGUACAACCUGGCAAACAACAAAGAGUUAAUCCUGGACGCUUUACGCACUGCUGUACAGAGGAGGAAAGCGAGGAACCGCUCAAGUAAAAUCCAUCAAACUCAGGCUCAGAAGAAGACUUAACACCUGGAAACCCAACAAUCAGAGACUGUAGCAGCAUUUCCCUGGUCAAAAAUACAUAUUCAAACCAUGCAAUAGAGAUGAGCGAACUUACAGUAAA